GUCCUAGCUUAAUUAGUUUUGGCCAAAGUUGAGGUCAAUAUUCGAAUUAAGACUUAGGAAACUCUGGACUAGAAGAUUCCGGACUAGUGAACUAUUAUCCUCCAUGCCAUCAUUCUUUGUAUGCUAAUAUUUUAUGAAGAGUUCGGCAGACGUCCUGCGUGCGAAGACCCAAUUACAUAUUAACGCACGUUUUCACCGGUCGAAGGACGCCUGAUGCAACCCUCGUUUUCGUUGUUCACCGCACGCACGGAACGUUCCGUAUCCGUUAAGACGUCAGGACUCGAAGGUCCUGCCCGAUCUAUAAAACGCCUCAAAUUAUCCGAAGCUAAUCAGUACGUUUCUAUUGCAAGCUGGUCGGUGCGUCUCCGAUAAAAUGAGCUUCGUUGUCGCGGUCAGUGUCGCCGCCAUGAGAUUCAAUCGAUUCGUAAUGACCCUUCAUUGAGGUGUUUAAUGUAAUGUUUCAGGUGUCUUGUCUUCUGGCUGUAACGGCGUUGGCUAAGGCCGACGAUUCGUGGGGGGGUCUUGUGUAUGCCCCGCGUCACGCAUCCGUUGACUAUUACGCGUAUCCCCGAUAUGCCUUCGAAUACUCAGUGAACGAUCCCCACACUGGAGACAAGAAAGCGCAAUGGGAGAAUAGGGACGGAGACGUUGUUAAAGGAGCGUAUUCUUUGGUAGAACCCGAUGGAAGCAUACGAAUAGUAGAGUACUAUGCUGAUGCUAAGUCUGGUUUUAAUGCUGUCGUAAAACGCAUCGGACCAAAUCUGCAUCCACCUACAGUCCACGCAGCACCGAUCUCUCCUAUAGUAGGACCAGUGGCAAAGCUCGGAGGUCUCGCUGCCGCUCCCCUCAUCAGCGGUCCGUUGUACGGAGGAGCAGUGUCAACUGCGUCAUUAUACAAGGAUCACGCACCAGCUGUAAUACCGGCACCAAUUCUACCAGUUUCUUACAAAGCACCGUUGCCGUAUGCUCCAGCUCCAAUUUGGCCCUCUGCUGCUUAUCCAACGCCAAUAAUCAAAUCUGGUCCCAUAUUAUCGGCACCGAUUUAUCCUGCAGCUCUGCCAGGUCUGAAAACCCCGUUGAACUUAGGUGACUACGGCUCGCUGGGUUUAUGGAAUGAUGGACUGUUCAAAGCUCCAUUGGGACCGAACAACUAUUUGGACCACCUUGGACACGGACUCUUAACAAAGGGAGCUUAUCCUUCAUUGGGACCAAACUACAGCCUGCUCGGUCUGAAGCACUAA